CGAAGCGGAUGUCUGCUUGCAGGCAACAGUUGGCAAGAUGUGGUCCACCCAGUGGCUUGUGCUCCUUUGCUGCUCCUUCUGGUUCCUGCCCGGCGAGUGCAGUUUGGCGGGAAAGGAUGUCUGGCUGCGUCCUGGCUGCCACAAGGUUGGCAACACGCGCAAGAUUUCCAUACCCGACUGUGUGGAGUUCACCAUUACGACCAAUGCCUGUCGUGGAUUUUGUGAAUCAUAUUCUGUGCCCUCGAUCCCCUGGGCAGGUGCCUCGCUCACGGGUCUGUUCAAGCCACCCAAGCCGGUGGUGAGUGUCGGUCAAUGUUGCAACAUGAUGAAGUCCGAGGAGAUACAACGUCGCGUCUUGUGCAUUGAGGGCAUUCGAAAUGUCACCUUUAAAAGUGCCGUCUCCUGCAGCUGUUACCAUUGCAAAAAGGACUAGGACUAGAGACACCAAAAACACCUUGAGCUAAGUGCAUGCCUGAGCCACUUGUUUGAUUUUGUUUAG